UUUGAAUUUUAAAUAUUUGAAUCUUCGGCUAUGGGAUAUGUCACACGUUUAUUCUGGAGGCGGCAAGAAUGGGCACCUGUCACCAAUAUUUCACCACGUUGGGCGACUUUCUGAUGGAAACCAACACAAAGCCAAAUGCUGAUAUCAACUGAUCGAUCAAUCCAUCGGCAAAACAAAAGACCAAACAAGCUUUGCUAAGAUGAGCCAGAGCCAGAGCCAUAGCAAGUACGCUUAUCCCUACUACAGUGGAGGUUACUAUCAGGGGCCACCGCCUCCGGUGGUGGCGCCGCCACACUAUGCAGCCGCUCCUCCGCAGGGACCGGGAUGCCUGGAGGCUUGUCUUGCUGCGCUAUGCUGCUGCUGUCUCGUUGACCAGUGCUGCUGGUGCUGUGACCCCUUCUGGCUGUUCGCCUUCUAGAUAACCUUACUCUGUUAAACUUCAUCAUUAUGUAAGCCAUAAACUAAAGGUAUCUAUGAGGAAAAGAUGUUAUAUAAUAAAGUUAGAGGUUCUUCUGAACAUUCAUAUGAAAGUUCAUCAAGCUUAUCUUCUUCAUCUUAAUUUAUUUCUUCAAUAUUGUUUCUGUCACAUCAAGUAAAUAUGAUAAUAUUUGUAAUCUACAUUAUGUAAUUUAGGUACAAUACAAAUCAACAUUUACAGCAAAUUUAAUACUAGAUCCUUAGUUCAGGUAAGAACUCAAUAUUUACCUUAGAGUUGAGCCUCUCUAGGUAGAGCAGUCAGUAAAGUGCAGUCCAAUCCUGUAAGAACUACUGACAAAUUUAACCGUAGAACUUAAAUUGCAACAUAUAUUCAAGUUCAUAAUCAAAUAGAUAACAUAAUAACGACCUCAUUGCUUCAAGAUUGUAAACUGUAUUUUCCUUUUGUUUACUGCCAAUGUAGACAGAUUUUUCCUACACUGAUGACAGAGAGCAAAACGUUGUUGCAAUGCUGUCGUGGUCACAAAUGACAAACUCCAAAUCCCACCUGUCGUUGGGAUGUUAAUCCCAACAGGAAUUCCAAUGAAAAACACAGACGCUAGGCACAAGCCAAAAACCAGGCGAUGAAGAAAACUAGAAAGUUUCUUGUUCUUUGUGAACCAAUACGAUAUCCUACGGAUUCUUCAAAGAAUGGAAUUUGAUACCCAUUUUGGAUUUUUCUCCUCUUCUACGCUGACCCACCUAGCCUUAGCUUCCAUUUAACUCCCCUUCGGCCUCCUUAAGCCAAAAAAUUGGGAAACGCCCAAAGAAGGAAAAUAAAACGUACCUGAAAUCCUUCAUCUCCCUUUUUCAAUGCUGUUUUAGUUUUCAUUCUUACAAAGCUCGCUACACUAAACAGGAAACAUGGCACAUGGUGGUGGUGGCCAACGUCGUGAUACAACGAUUGACAUUGGAAGAACUGCAAAGUUUAAUGGUGGGCUUGAGUUUUACGACCUUACUUAUACUGUGAUAAAAGACAAGGAACAUGAAGGGAAACUUGUGAAGCAAGAAGUAGACUUGUUGCACAGAAUUUCGGGGUAUUCACCAAAAGGAAGUGUCACCGCAGUACUAGGUCCCAGUGGGGCUGGAAAAUCUACCUUUUUGGAUGGUCUCGCGGGAAGAAUUGCAAGUGGAAGCCUGAAGGGUAGAGUUUCCUUGGAUGGCAUGGAAAUGAGCCCAGGUUUGAUUAAAAGAACUUCUGCAUAUAUCAUGCAAGAUGACAGACUCUUCCCCAAGCUCACUGUUUACGAGACUCUGAUGUUUGCGGCAGACUUCCGGCUAGGUUCAAUUCCAUCGAGUGAAAAAAUACAUCGGGUGGAGAACUUGAUUGAGCAGCUUGGGUUAUCUUCGGCUAGAAACACGUAUAUUGGAGAUGAAGGAACAAGAGGGGUGUCUGGUGGCGAACGAAGAAGAGUAUCAAUUGGGGUGGACAUCAUCCAUGGGCCAUCACUGCUCUUCCUUGAUGAGCCAACUUCAGGACUAGACUCCACCAGUGCUUAUAGUGUCAUUGAAAAGGUUCAUAACAUAGCUCGCACUGGCAGCACUGUGAUCCUUACAAUCCACCAGCCAUCGUCUCGAAUCCUAUCAUUCUUUGACCAUCUCAUCAUCCUUGCUCGAGGGCAGCUUAUGUUUCAAGGGCCACCAAAGGAUGUUAAUCACCAUCUCAGUCAAAUGAAGAGAAAAGUACCUCAAGGAGAAAGCCCAAUUGAAUAUCUUAUGGAUGUUAUUCGAGCAUAUGAUCAAUCUGAAUUUGGAGUGGAGGCACUCGCUGAGUUCGCUAGAACAGGAACUAAACCACCCCACUUGACUGAUGAAGAGAUUUCACUUUCUACCAUACAAGCCUCGCCGACUUCAUCUUUUCAGUCUGGUGUAGAUAAGUCGAGCAACAUUAUAACUGGAAAACGGCUCCACUUGCAAACUAAUUCCCGUGCGUUGAAUGAUUACGGUCAUAGUUUGAGAAGCCCUUAUAAUACAUCAAGAUCAUGGAGUGCGAAUAAUAGUGUGGUUAUGCAGGCAUUGAAGCUGCCACAAAGACAACAAGGAGCAAAGCUGCAUAAUCAAAUGAGUUCGUCUGCUUCUUAUGCAUAUUCAUCUGAUGUCCUGCAUGGCACACCAACACCUCAUAGCAGUGAUUACACAGUGAAUGAAAAUGACUACCUGACUUCAAAUAUCGGUUCAAAAUCUGCUCCAACUCUUCACAAUAACCUUGGCAAAAAGAUUUCAAACUCAUUCUUCUCUGAGACCUGGAUUCUUAUGCGUAGAAAUUUCAAUAUCAUCUCAAGAACCCCCGAGCUGUUCCUCUCAAGGAUGAUGGUCCUCACAGUUAUGGGGUUUAUGAUGGCUACAAUGUUUAUGAAACCUAAAGAGAAUACCCAAGGAAUUACAGACCGUCUCAGCUUCUUCAUCUUUACCGUCUGUCUCUUCUUUUUCUCUUCCAAUGAUGCUGUCCCAGCAUUCAUACAAGAACGAUUCAUUUUCAUCCGCGAAACUUCCCACAAUGCUUACAGAGCAUCAUCGUACACCAUAGCUGGGCUGCUUACUCACCUGCCUUUUCUUGCCCUGCAAGCUCUGGUCUAUGCUGGGAUAGUUUGGUUUGCUUUGAAACUUCGAGGAUCUUUCAUAUACUUCCUGAUAGUCCUCUACAUGUCCCUUCUUUCAACAAACUCAUUCGUUGUAUUCAUUAGCUCAGUAGUACCGAACUAUAUCUUGGGAUAUGCAGCUGUGAUUGCUUUCACUGCCCUCUUUUUCUUGUUUUGUGGGUACUUCUUAAACAGCCACGACCUUCCUCCUUACUGGAAGUGGAUGAACAAGAUUUCCACGAUGACAUAUCCAUAUGAAGGGCUUUUGAUGAAUGAGUAUCAGACUUCCAUUUUUUUCGGGAAUCAAUCGAACGGGACUGUUAUUACUGGUAUCAACAUAUUGGAGAGUCUCCAUAUCAAAACUGAUUCAACCAAAAAGUGGGAAAAUGUGCUCGUGAUGCUUGGUUGGGCUGUGCUUUAUAGGAUUUUAUUCUACCUAAUACUUCGUUUUGCAUCCAAAAACCAGAGGACGUGAAGAAUCAAGGAUGUGGUAACGAACUGGUUCCUUUUUCAUAUUGCUGAAUCAAUUCAGAAUGAAAUUUUCUUACAAUUGCCCUCGUUUUUCUUGUAUUGGAAGACCAAGUUCUUACAUCAGUGAAACUUCAGUAAAGAAAUGACUUCUCUA